ACCGUGGGCUUUCUUCUUCUGCUCUCGACGCGCAUUGGACAGGCUGACAAUGCGUAACCUCCGCCGAAGCGGCCGCCCGUAGCCGCACAAGCGGAACGCUGACGGCUGGAGAGCGGACGCCGAACCAACAUUCACACCACCCGGUGCCAACGUCUAAUUGCGGGUGGCAGCUGACCGCUUGGCACCGAGGGCAGAGCUGCGCGCGCUCCGCGGCCGCCGCGUGCCGCCGUGCGUCGCGCUCACCCAGGACCCCCGCGCGCCCCGCGCGUUGUCUGGCGGUAGACGUUGGCCGACUUAUGCCGCGACCUCAACUUCCAUUCUGUGUCUCGGGACGCGCGAUGCCGGGCGGGAGCCGCGUCCAUUCCCCCCCCAAACUGUGGGACUUUGAGGCGCGCGAGGCGGCAGCCAACUUUGGGGAGCCAGUGAUGCGGAGGACGCGGAGCCGCCGGCCGAGGACGCGGGAUUAGGAGCACUUUCGAUGCCACUCUUUUUUUUUGGAUAACCGCACAUUUACAAGUCCUCUCCUCGAAGAUGUGCCGCUGCACUGCCGCCGCUGCUUUUCCACGCGUUUCGCGCCUCUGAGCGUUCACCUGGCAGACAUGCUCCACGGCCACGGCUCAGAGAAUCCCCCCCUCCGGGUCUCGGUUUUUCCUGACAGCAAGUAGAAAGUCACCACUGACGAGGCUUUUAAACUUAGUUGUCCGCACAAACGAUGCUUUUCCAUUUUUACUUAAGCCGCUCCGAGUAGGAGCCUUUCCUCGGAACUAAGCCCUUUCGGCUUCCAUACAUUUUUUUGGGGAGGGGGGCUCGUGUUUGUCUCACAGAAACAUGUUGCAUAUCAUUGCGCUUCAGAUGAUGCUGUUACUUUUGGGAGUAUCUGACUGUCGAGUCCUGGAGGGGCUGCAGAGGUAUUCCCCCAUCCCCACGUACCUGCCGGUCAACUACCAGAUGCUCAACGCGGAGCUGGCCUUCUUUCUGAAGGAGGCCAACCAGGACUUCAUGAGGAACUCUAGCCUGAUGGCGCGGACGGAGCCCUUCUUCAUCUACCAGGCCCGGAGCGCGCCCUCCAUAAACGCCAGCUACGGGCCGCUCUCCGUGGAGCAGCCCGUCCCGUUGGAGCUCCUCCAGAGCCCGGGCGUCUUUCCCGCCUCCCCCGUGUUCACCUUCAACUGGAAGGUGCAGACGUUCAUCAUGAACACCCGCAUCCACCUGGCGCGGCCCAGGGUCCAGGUUCUGUUCUACGUCGCCGGCCGGGACUGGGACGACUACAGCACCGUCGGCAAGCUGCCCUGCGUGCACAUGUUCGCCUUCCACGAGACCCAGGAGGUGCGCGGCAGCUGCCAGCUGCUGGGCGAGCUGGGGCUGUGCGUGGCCGAGCUGGAGCCGCUGGCCAACUGGUUCGGGCCGCCCAGCGUGGUGCCGGGCCGGCAGCGGAGCCCGGAGGCGUCCGAGGGCACCCCGGUGGAGCUCUACUACAUGCUGCAGUCGGCGGAGGCCGGAGAGUGCCACCCGGAGGAGGCCCGGAAGGAGAGCUUCAUCCGCUCCAGCCAGGAGGGCCUGUUCGGCUCCUACGCCGCCACGCCGCUGAGGAGGAUCGGUGGAGUGAGGCUCUACCAGAACCCGGCCCCCCCCCCGCUCGCCGAACACAGGCUGGAUAAUAAUUUCAUGGUCAUGGUGCCAGCUACACCCAUGAGGCAGAGAGAGACCGUCUCUGCUUACAUCACGGCGUCAGCGUUCUCUCCCGUGGAGAUGUUUACUCUCAGAGUGAAGCUGAAGGAGGGCGUGACGUUUCUUGGGGCUCGUCCCAGCAACCCCACGCAGUGGAUCGUCAGCCAGGACGUGAGGAGCGAAGGCCACCGGGUGGUCACGCUGCACUGUCGCAAGAAGGAGUCCAGCUACGACCAGCAAAGGCCCGAAGCGGGGGUUCAGAGGGUGCUCCAGGUGGACCUGAAAAUGGAGAGCUUCCCGGAGCCGCUGGGCAGCCGCUGGAUGGCCUGGCAGGUGGAGUACCCGGCCAGCCGCGGCGCCACGCAGGAGGCCGAGACGGAGAUCCGGCUGGCGCAGGAGGAGCUGGCGGGCAUCGUGCCCCUGGCCAUGGACUCGGAGAUCCUGAACACGGCCGUGCUGACCGGGAAGACGGUGGCCGUCCCCGUGAAGGUGGUGAGCAUCGGAACGGACGCCUCGGUCACGGACGUCUCGGAAGCUGUCAGGUGUGGCUCCACGGACGAGGACGUGGUCAAGGUGUCGGACCGGUGCGACUACGUCUUUGUGAACGGGAAGGAGAUGAAGGGCAGGAUGAAGAUGAUGGUGAACUUCACCUACGGGUACCUGAGCGCUCAGCUGGAGCUCAGCGUGUGGAUCCCCCGCCUCCCGCUGCAGAUUGAGAUGUCAGACGCGGAGCUGAGCCAGAUCCGAGGCUGGAGGGUUCCCGUCAUGACCAACGCCCAGAGGUCCACACGGGACAGUGAGGACGAGGACGACGAGGACAAACGGGGACGGAGCUGCACGCUGCAGUACCAGCACUCCAUGAUCCGAGUCCUGACCCAUUUCAUAGCCGAGUCGGCCGACCCGCGGGGCCAGACCGCCUUCAUGCUGGGCUCCGACUGGCAGGUGGACAUCACGGAGCUGGUGUGGGACUUCCUGAAGGUGGAGGACCCGCACGUUGCGCACCUGCUGGACAAUCGGAUACUGGUGGGGCUGGACAUGGGAGUGACCACUGUCCAGGUGUUGUCGCCGCUGUCGGACUCGAUCCUGGCGGAGAAGACGAUCACGGUGCUGGACGACAAAGUGAGCAUCACGGAACUGGGGGUCCAGCUGGUGACGGGUCUGUCCAUGAGCCUGCAGCUGAGCCCGGGGAGCAACAGAGCCUUCCUGGCCACCACCACCACGCAGGAGGUUCUGCAGAACCCCAAACAGGAGGCCCUGGUCAGCGCCUGGCUGCAGUUCAGCGACGGCUCCAUGGCUCCUCUGGACCUGUACAACCCGGACUUCUUCGUGCUGACGGCCACCUCCCUAGACGAGGAAGUGGUGACGGUGCAGCAGGAGUCCUCGUGGAAGUGGCCCGUCAUCGUGACGGAGGCGGAGGGCCAGGGCCCGCUGGUCAGGGUGGAGAUGACCGUCUGCGAGGUCUGCCAGAAGUUCAAGCGCCGCAGCAUCCUGGCGGCCGGCAGCUGCAACGUCAGGGUGCGGUUUGGUCACGGCAGCGACGGCGCGAGGGGGGGCGGCGCCGACUACGGCCCCGACGGGGACGACCUGGCGGGACCCGGCAGGCUGUCCCCCUCCCAGGACAGGACGGGCCCCGACACCCACUACUACGGCAGCUCCAUCUCCGACAUGGAGGACGGCGUGCGGAGGAGGGCCACCACCACUCGGAGCGCCAUCAUGCGCCGGCCCGGCGGCGACAAGCUGUCCGACGACGCCGACUUCCCCGCGCAGGUGGACUUCCCCGCGCAGGUGGACCUGCCCCGCGGCAGCAGCGUGGACGACGAGCUCCUGCAGACGGCCCGCGGGCUCACGGACCUGGAGAUCGGCAUGUACGCCCUGCUGGGGGUCUUCUGCCUCGCCAUCCUGGUCUUCCUCAUCAACUGCAUCUCGUACACGCUCAAGUACCGGCACAAGGAGCUGGCCAUCGAGGGCCAGGAGAGCAUCAACCACGCGCACGACUGGGUGUGGCUGGGGAACGAGGCGGAGCUGCUGGAGAGCCAGAUCAGCCUCUCGCCCCAGCAGGAGGAGCAGACGUCCAUGAUGGACUCGGGCAGCGGCCUGGAGGAGGGCAGCCACCUGCUGAACGGAGGCUCGGCCCAGAAGAGCGUGCAGGGCCAGGUGCACCGGGCCGCCGACGCCGGCUGCGCGCCGAAGGACGGCAAAGGAGACUCGCCCACCACCAAGAGGAAGCGGGUCAAGUUCACCACGUUCACCACCAUCCCCUCGGACGUCGGCUUCCCCGCCAUCAACACGCUGACCGGGAGCCACAGCCAGGACAUUAAGUGGGUGUGCCAGGACGUGGAGCUGGGAGACUCCAAGGAGCUGCGCAAUUACAUGGAAAGGUUGAAUGAGAGCGCUUUAAAAGAAGUGGCAUAAUGUCGCGCUUGCGCUGGGAACGAACUCACCCUUAUGCCUUUCAGAGGAAAGCGGGUCUGGAGACGAGGCGGGCCCGACCCGCGGCGUGGACAUUUGCUUCAGAGUCACAGCAAACUGCCAAAGGGUCAUCAGACGCUGACGUUAUUCUACAAACCAAGAGCCUGUCGGACGUUCUUCUUUUCCGCGUGUUUACUGGAUGACUUUUUAUGGUUUUAUUACUACAGGGUUUGACCGAACCGGGUCACGCUCGCCGGCGGCUCAGAGCUGCGACACCCGGACGACAAUGUGUAGAUUUUCAAACGAACAGCAGCGCGACUAGGUCGACGUUUCCGAAUGAGUGUGCAUAUUAAAUGGUUUUGGAAGUUUUGUAACAUUUUGAAUAUUAAUUUCUUAUGGAGGAACUGGGCAAAGGCCAAAGCGAGCCAGGAGAAUAUCAGCAUGUGGUUGGCUGGGGGUGGGGGUGGGGUCUGUGCAGUUCAUUCUCAUCCUCCUUAACGCAGCAGAAGACCUGUUAUGUAUAUUCUGAACCGUCUUCAAAGUAUUGUACUCUUGCUCUGUAUAUUGUAUUUUCAUAACAUUGAAGGAAUACACGACAAUGUCAAGAGCCCGAA